GAAUUUCACCACCAACAGGGUGGACUCAACAAACUCUUUGAUUAUGUGGGAAUCAACAUCCACCGAAAUGAACACUUCCUCUACCUAAUUGCUGUUGUCAUCAGUAACUACGAUCAAAGCACGUGGAUUGGCCCGUAUUCCCCCAAUGAGAAGACAGAGGCGGAACGUCCAAAAACCCCACCCAAAUCUAUCCUUCUGGUCCUUCGCACCGGAUUCUGAAAUCCAGUGACGCAUCCUGGCCUAACCGUGACACACACGAGAGGUUUCAACCGAUGUUGGGGUGAACGGUGUUUUGGAAAACAGACUUGUGCUAUGGAUAUCGCGGAAAGUGAUCCGAAACCGGAAGAUAGGAAAAACUGUGAAGAGUUGACGAUGACUGCGACGAAACCUGUGCCUAGGCCUUUCUCUAUCGAGGCCCUGAUGAGUGACUGUGGACCGAGAAAAAGUAGUAACAACGUCGGUAACGCUUGGAAUUUGACAACCCAGCACUACCCUGUGCAAUUUCAGCACCAGAUCAUGAGGGAUACAGAUUCUGAGGAUGGCAGUUUGGACAUGGAAUAUGCACAGGAUCUAUCCAGGAGAAGUAAAGAAAGUUCAGAGAACGAAGAUGACCUGGACGACACGCAAAACUCCGACGGACCUUGCGAAGGCUCAGCCUCCUCCAAAGCGCGAAGAAGAAGAACAGCCUUCACCAGCGAGCAACUUCUAGAGCUAGAGCGAGAGUUCCACGCCAAAAAAUAUCUAUCCCUAACCGAACGCAGUCAGAUAGCGUCAGCGUUGCGGCUCAGCGAAGUCCAGGUGAAAAUCUGGUUCCAGAACAGAAGGGCCAAAUGGAAAAGGGUCAAAGCGGGACUUGGUGCCGGCCCUCAUCAAUCCAAGAACGGUCAAAAUAAGAGCAAAUUAGUGGUGCCCAUACCGGUACACGUGAACAGGUUCGCAGUGAGAAGUCAACAUCAGCAGCUGGAGAGGGCGCUUGGCGAUUUGGCCAGUAGGGUGCUUGCCAGUCACGCGUCUUUACGAGCGGGCCUAGAACUGCACCAUGGGUAUCACCCGCCGGGACCCCCACAUUGAUAGUGAUUGAACAAACUCGAUUCUAGUGAUGGUUUUGAGUGUACCUAUUUCGAAAUGACUUGUAUAUUUGACGGAAUCGAUUCUCGUUAUCAAAGUUUUAAUUUUAAAGCUAUUUAAUAGUGUUCUUCGAAUUAAAUCAUCAAAGUUAUAGUAUGAAGAUGUAAUUAAGAGACAAUUCAGGCAAAACUGGAGAGAGAAAACUUUAUCUACACGGUUUCAACAACGUGGAUGUACUUGAUAUCAAAUAACAUUUAGAUUUGACUUUGUGCAAUAGUUUUUAGAAUGAUUGAUGAUGAUCGCACUAUACCACUUUAUAUGAAAUAACGGCUGUAAAUAUAUAUAUUGUAAAAUAAAGUUAUUGAUAUAUAAAGUUU